AUGCACAAAGCAUCUCCGGAUUCGUAUAAAGAUUUGUACAUCAAAGAUUAUCCAGAGAAAAAUGAGAAACAAGUGUCGAAACUAGCUGUUCAUAAUGUUACAUCCAAUGAAGUCAAACAUCAAAUUGUUGAAGAGAUUAACGGGGAAGUCGAUCCAAUAAUAGAUGCGAAAACUGCUCAUCUGAAUAAACUAGUACGAACGGCAACGAAGAAGACGAUUCAUAUUGCCAUUGAGAAAUCUGUUCGAAUAGCUGUGAAUAAAGAACACUAUUCACUUUCACCAAAAAAGUUCUUAUCGUUGGUUAAUACUCCAUCGCGAUCCCAUUCGUAUCGAGCGAAGUCCGAUGUGAAGAAGUCGGCAACAGGAGGCACUGCAUUCUACGUGGUAGAAGAAGGUUGUCAUACAUAUUUCUUGAGCGAAGAUUGGACAACAAUUCGAACGGCCCAAGAGUUUCAAGCUAAAGAUUAA